AUGUCGUUUAUUGUAUCACAAGCAGAUGAUGAAUCUAAUAUCGAUAUUGAUAUCGAUAUCAGUAAUUUCGAGAAACAGGCUACUUUGAAUUCUACAUCUUUGCUACGAAUAAAACCAGACAACUCAAAUAUAGAAUCGCAUUAUUCUUCUACAUCCAUUAAUCAAAAUACAGAUAUCACAAUCAACUCUCAUAUACUGCAAACUACUACGCCAUCGCAAACUAAUGACUGCGGCAGCAGCUCUGAUAAAAAUGUCGAGGAUAAUAAAUUCUUGGCCUAUAAAUCCAAAAUCCCAACUGGAAGAAACGUCGUUGAUGAUUCCGAAAAUAGAUUAUCAGAUGCUAGUGAAGACUCGGACACUUUAAAUCGGGACGGCGCACUCACUCCGCCUGGAUUUUGGUUGAUUGACGUAAAUUCACCUCCAAGAACACCAGAGCAAACGGCUCACUUAGCUGCAAAAGAAGCAGAAGGCAGAAGACGAACUAACGAAGAAUGGAAAAAUACUCAAAAAAAGAAAAGGAUAUCACCGAAAGGAAGUAGAAUUUAUGGAAGUCAUAUGACAAAAUGA